AUGCAUCUCAAACCUUACAUCACGGCUGCCCUCACCGGGCUGCCUCUCCUGACGCAGGCUGCCCCCGCGUCGUCGUCGUCCGACAGCUCGGAGGAUGGCCACUUCACGAGCUACACCAUCUCCGCAGAAGGCAUUACCGUCAAGGCAAUUCCCUACGGGGCGCGUCUGACCUCCGUGCUGGUCAAUGACCGCCACGGCCAUGUCCAGGAUGUCCUCACGGGCUAUGAUGAUCCCAUUGAGUACCUGCAUGACACAGAGACCAACCACACCUACUUUGGCGCAACGGUGGGUCGCUAUGCCAACCGCAUCAAGAACGGCACGUUCACGAUCGACGGCAACACCUACCACAUCCCCGAGAAUGAGCACGACGGCGAGGACACCCUCCACGGUGGCUUCGUGGGCUACGACGCGCGCAAUUGGACGGUUGGGCCGCACACGGACUCCUCUAUCACUUUCUCUCUGCUUGAUGAGGGCUUCCAGAACUUCCCAGGGGAUGUCAUUACGACUGUUACUUUCACUGUCGGCAACGAGGUCACUGCAGAGAAUCCCAAGGGUCUGCCGCAGCUGACAUCGAGAAUUGUUUCCGAGGCUUUGACCAAGAAGACUCCGAUCAUGCUCGCCAACCAUCUCUAUUGGAAUCUGAAUGCCUUCAAGAACAAAAAUGUCCUGAAGGACACCACUAUCCAAAUGCCUCUGUCCACACGGUACAUCGGUGGAGACGGCAUCGAGGUCCCCACUGGCGAGAUCUAUGAAGUCAGCAACACCUACGGCGGUGCAUUGGACUUCACCAAGCCCAAGUUGAUUGGCAAGGACAUUGAGAAGACUGAAAAUCUGUGCGGUACUGGCUGCACUGGCUACGACACCUGCUGGAUCACCGACCGCGACCCCGGAUACUCCGCCCCGGACUCGAUGGUCAGCUCCAUCACCUUGGCUUCCGAUACCACCGGAAUCAGCCUCGACGUCAUCACCAACCAGGCUGCGCUGCAGAUCUACACCUGCAACAACCAGAACGGCUCCAUCAAGACCAAGAAGUCGCAGCAGGAACGCAACCAGAAGCAGGACGGCAGCCCCGGCGCCGAGUACGUGGAGCAGUACGGCUGCGUCGUUAUCGAGACCGAGGACUGGAUCGAUGCCAUCAACCAGCCACAGUGGGGCCGCGACGCCUACCAGAUUGUUGGCCCGGCCGAUCCGCCUGUUGUGAACUGGGCUGUCUACCAGUUCAGCAAUUUCUAG